AUGGAGAAAUGGCUUAAGGGAAUGAAGAAGGAGGUGGAUGUGGUGAAAGAUACCUGGGUUGAUCUCACCACACCACACACAGAAGGGAUGAUUCUCAACUACCUUUGGCUGAAAGGCAUCCAUGGUGUUAUGUGUUUGCUCUUUGAGGGACUUGUUGUUGGCCCUGCUUCACCACCUCCACUCUUUCAACUUCACAAUCAUCUGGGAAUCGGUUCACUAAAGGAUAUCAGUGCCAUAUCUCAGACUGGCAACAUCAAUGUCUGGAGCAGCACUGUCUACAACCAAGCAUGGCUAGGAGCUAUCAACAAAUAUGAUCGCAGCCAUCCUGUGCCUGAAGGCAUCACCAUACCAAAGCUGGAACCUGUGACUCAUGAAGUUUACCAGGAGCAGAUGCUCACCCGAUCUUGGUUAUAUCCAUUUUGUGCACUGAUAUAUGAGUUCAGCUGUGUCUAUGAGGCAUUAGUUGCCAUUGCAGAUUGCAUCCGAUCCCAUGGCCAGGCAUUUUCGCCCUACAUCAUCUCCAAGGGUGGCAAUGAGACCAACGAAUUAUUUCCCAUCUCCUUUAUGCAAGCUGACACAUCCAUGUGGAACAUGGGACUUGUUUGUCCAGUGAUGUCAGACUGGGGUUACAUUGAUCAUACCGGAAUUGAUCCAAGCAAUAUUCAACAUGGCCUGUUGUACAAUCAUGUGUUUGCCUCCUGGAAUAUGCAAAGCACAUCUAUGAGAGGAAGACCCCCAUCAAAGAUCUUUGCCAAGCAUGCUGGCACUGCUUCAACACUGUCCUCCCAAGAUGAAGCCCUUCACUUUGAUGAUUCUCUUGUUCACCAUCCUGCACAUUCUCCUGCUCAUGCUUCAGUUUCUCAUACUCUUGCCCCAUGCAAUUCUGCCUCCCAUACUUCUACUGAUACUUCUGCCACUUGUACCUCCACUCCCCAUACAUCUAAUCCUUCAGCUUCUUGUGUGCCAGCCACACCCACAAACGUCUCCCUCAUCCCACAUUCGGAUGCACCUUCAACAUCAAUAAUCCCUUCUGCACCCCCAACUUCCAUGAUUCCUUCUCAACCAGCUUCAACUGCACCUUCACAUGGAAGACAUGGGACGGGUAAAGGCAAAGGCAAACAAGGAGGACAAAAGGGCACAGAUGGGAGAAAAAGUAUGCCUGGUGCUGUCAAUGCCCCUCCCGAUUCCUCUGCUGCUACACGCAAGCGUGGUUUUGAUAGCGUUUCUCAAGGCAAGCCAGCUGAUGGUCCGUCCAAACAACAAGCUCCCCUUCAUCACAUACUGAAGGUGAACAUCAAGCCCAAGCAUGUUGUCCAAAGUCUUCAAGUCGAUGUUGCUGGCUACAGCUCUUUGAAUAUCGAUGAUGACUUAGAACAAUUCAAGGAAAAGGGUGGCAUUUAUGAGCUGACAGGCACUCGAGCUUGGAUGGCCAUCCAGAUGAUGUUUGCACAACAACCAGGCCAAGAUAACAUUUGA